GGGGACAUGAAAGAGAUCUUGUACCAGAAUCGAUGGAUAUAAGCCAUAAUAAUCAAUCGGAAAUGGGGGAGGUGAAAGAUGAGACUCCAGUCAUUUCAAAAAAACAGUUCAUAUCAAUUUCGAUGCGCGACAAGCUCCGGAUGGCAACAAGAAACCACCUAGACCUCAUACUAGCUAGGAUCAAGCCCCCCACAGCGGCAACUGCCCCUCGUGAGAGGAUGAUCAAAGAACUUGCUAGCUUUGUCCUGUCUGAAAAAGUUGUGCACGUCCGUGGAACACCUGCAAGUGGGAGGACAGUCUUCGCUAAGUUACUAGGAGAUCAUUGUUUGCGCGAAGGAUUGGAAGUCUAUUUCAUGAGAACAUGGCUGAUUCUCGAUACAUUCGACCAAAAUCCUUUGAAUCUAUUGGACAAACAGAAGGCCAUGCUUCGAGAUACAUUCCUGGUCUAGUUGACCGAGACCCUCUCUUUUCCAAUGCUGUCAUCAUCAUCGAUGGAGGUCCAACUUCAUACAGUGAUGCCAUGCUAUGGGAUGGAAUUUCCAAAAGAUUGAUACUUUGGUAAAGAAGAAGACGCCAUGUUCUAUAUCUUUUCUGUUCUUAAGGCAGUUUGUCUGCAGGGAUUUUAAGACAAUCAAGGGCACCCCAGUUAUUCUGAAUCCCGAGCAACGGAUUACAUCGACCUCGUAGGCGAAGGAUUCAGCACCAAGAUUCGGUCCGUCUUUUACUCAAAUGGAAUGUUAUGAUGCUGCGUCCCGAAUAAGCUCUAGACUACCAAAGCAUUCCAGACUCGAGGAGCGGUUCUUUCAAAAACUACUGCUUUGCCCUCUUGGGAUUGAUGUGGCUGCCCUUGCCCCGACGGUCUAAUGCAGAAGACUUGCUUUCGCAAAUGCAUUCGAUAAUAUU